GCGAUUCUGAGAAACACGAAGAAGCUCCACCGCCUCACCGCAAAGAGGAGCUCGGAGAACGUUGGAGAGAACGGUGGCCAUGGCGGAGAGCUCCAAGAGUUCUCAUCGGAAGCGCUCUCUCGAUGACCUCGACGAUGUUGAUCUCGAGCCCGCGCCCUUGGAGAAGAAGGCUAGGUUUCCCAAGGGGAGGAAGACGAAGAGGGGUGAUGAUUUCUCGGAGUUGGAGCAGGACGAGCUUGCCACUAGUCGUCGCGCGCAGCAGGCAGCCAAGGAGCGUGCUCAACGGCGGAACCAGAAAAGGGAGCAGGAUCUCCUCCUCCGGGAUAGCGAUCCGGCUGAUAUCUUCGGGGCCGAAGUUGAUUAUGAGGAAAACACAAAUUUUGUUGAUGAUGGCAUUCAGAUAGAACCGUUCAAUCUAAAACAGGAAAGGGAGGAAGGAUAUUUUGAUGCUAAUGGGAAUUUUGUUGAAUAUGCAACUCAAAAUCAAAUAAAGGAUGCAUGGUUGGACAAUCUCGAAGUUGAUGCAAGAUUUGUAGAGAAAAGCCAAGCAAAAAAGAUGCCAGAAGAGGAUUACCAAGACAUUACCUCAGAAGAGAUAGGAAGGAUAAAGAGGAACAUUGCUAAUGUACUUGAACCUGGAGAAACGAUUAUACAAGCUUUAAAAAGAUUAAAAGGCACUUCAAGUGACAAACGGGGUAAGAUGUCUGAAGCCACUAAACAAAUGUUUGAUCAACUCACUGAAGAUGCUAUGAAACUCAUGGAGAAUGGUGAAUACAAUGUUUACCAUGAGGAACGUGAGACCUUUGAGAGAGAGGCAGAGGGAUAUGAACGGUUAGUUCGUGCCAAGGAGGCUUCACCUAAAAGCAGUGAGAAUUUUGAUAUGUUUGGGGAGGAUGAUGAAGAAAAUGAUGUGAAUGCGCAGCUUGAUGCUAGUGUUGUGGAUUCUGGUUCAGGUUCUGAACAACUGCCUAAAUUGACAUCAGAAAAUUCAGACCCAUCUCAAGAGCUACAUUCUGGAAAUGUUAAAGGGGGGAAUUCAGAUUAUGUAUAUGAUCCAGCAUCUGGUUAUUAUUAUAGCAAUACCUUGGGAUAUUAUUAUGAUCCAGCUUCUUGUUUGUAUUGUUCUGCAACAACAGGGAAAUGGUACUCAUUUGAUGAACAGAGUGGUGAAUAUAUUGAGUGCCAAAGUAAUGAUGUGUCCACUGAAACUGAAGUUGCCCAGUGCUGACAUUUGCAUUCCUGUUUUCUCUCUUUCUUUAGCCUCUUGAAUUUGUCUGAUGUAUGUUCAUUAUAUAAGUCUCUUCGCCAACAAAGGUGCUAGAAUAGUUUAUAAACUUUAAAUGUUAUGAAUAUUAAUGUUUUUAAGAUGUGUGUUUUAUAUA